GUGAACACGUCUGAAGCGCGACUCAAUCACUCUAGCAUUUUCCUAAAUGCAUCUGGCCACAAUUAAGGCCACGUCUGGAUGUAUCCGACCGCAAUCAAGCUGAGAGGUCCGUCAAAAAAAGUCCUACUACAGUCGGCGCUGAAAGAAAACGAAACGGCCACGUGUUCGCGCGAAUACGCGCGGAGCUAAGUGACACGGAAGGGAGGGUUUGACUGCCGGCGGAAGAAGAAUAGCGAAGAACGGACAAAGGCCCUCGGUCGACCACUCACCAACUGUGCAAAAUGUGAAUAAGUCUUCCGCUAGAACAUGGAAGUAUACACCACCAUAGUUUUUGUCUUUUGUGCAUGUGCUGAGUAGUGCAGCGAGGCCCAAAGGUAGGGUUCUUUUCGACCCAAAGAAGGGGAGAAAACACCCAGGAAGAAGAAGAAGGGGAAACAAGGAGGAGAGGACAAAGAGGAGGAGGAGGAGGAGCAGGAGCAGGUGGAGGAAGGGAAGAGAGCGGUUGGUCACUCGGAAGAGGGGAAGGAGGAGGGGGGCAGAGGUGAAUGUUUGGUGUGGGCAGCGAGAAGGACAGAGAAAGCAAAACGAGAGAGAGAGAGAGAGAGAGAGAGAGAGAGAGAGAGAGAGAGAGAGAGAGAGAGAGAGAGAGAGAGAAGCCGGAGGAGGCCGGGAGAACGAGAGUUUGACCCUUGCGGUUUGUACAAGUAGGUUGCGCUGUACGUUUUUUCGUCUUUGUGCUUUCAAGGCGCACUCAAACGGACUUCUUGUACUCUUUUUUUUCUUCUGGACGGAAUGGUGGCCAGAUGCAUCCACUGACGGCCGUAAAUGACGUCAGAUACAUUUAAUAAGAUAGAGCUACCAAAGUGAGUACGCCUUCAGUCUUUCAGAUUGAUUCAUCUCAGCUAGGGGUCUCUGUUAUUUUGACAGACGUGAAGGUUGACCCUUACCUGGUCUUGUUGUCUUAUAUCCACCGCCGCCCCCGCCCUCGCCUCUCCCGCUUCCGCUUCCGCUUCCGCCGUUGCUCGUCUUUCGGCGGCGAUCAGCAGCGAAGAGGGCUGUAAGGUAAUCGGGCAGACCAACUGGCCUAGCUCCGUUGGUACACCCCUGAAGCCUGAAGUGUCCACGUACAGACCUGAGUUCGAACUCCACUGGAAGCAGACGAGUGAAAUAGGGGAGAGAGAGAGAGAGAGGGGAGAAAGAGAGAGAGAGGCGUGCUAUACCUUUCUUGGCCUUUUGGCUAAGUAAGAUCAAGUGUAGUAUCUGUUCUGAUCAGUUUAUUAUCUGAAUCCUUAAAAAAAUAAAAAAUUACAAAAUUCUAUAAGCUAAUCGUAGCUGAGGACGGCGAUGGCGAUGGUGAUGACGAUGGCGAUGACGAUGGUGAUGACGAUGGGGGAAUCGACGAGAAGAUGUGCAAAGUGUAGCUCGACGCUGCGCCUCGUUUGCUUAGCUCUUGUCGGACUGGUUUUGCUGAGCGCUCGCAACAAGGUGGAGGCGUUGAAAUUCGAAAUCCAUCAGAAAGAGUGUUUUGACGAGGAGGUCAAAAGUGACAACGAAAUGGUUUCUGGAUCGUUUGUCAUGUUUGAUCACGACGGCUUGUGGAGAAGAGGUGGCAUGGGGAUGGACUUCACGGUCAUAGCACCCGGAGGUAGAAUCGCCUACUCCGUAAAGGCGAAGGUGGAGGAGGAAUUCCAUUUUCGGGCAGUAAGGAGGGGUAUCUAUAGGUUCUGUUUUGAGAAUCUUUCUUCGUACCUCGAAACGGUUGUCUUCCAUGUCAAUGUCGGUCAUCACGUGACCGUCGACUCGGACAUUGCCAAAAAUGAGCACAUGAAGCCGGUGAUCGAUGCCAUUGAUUCACUUGCUGACAUUCUCUCUGAAGUGGAGUCAGAACGACAAUAUCUGGAAGCGAGGGGAGAGCGCCACUAUGACACGUUGCACAGCACACAACGAAGGAUGUUGGGCUACACGAUGCUGGAGGCUUUUGCUCUCCUAGUGACAGGAGUUACUCAAGCAUACCUCUUGAAGCGUCUGUUUGAGAAGAAGGGUUAUGAUCGUGUGUGACAUGACCCCAGCAGGUUUUACAAAAAAAAAAACAACAACAACGAUUGUGUGUGACUUGAUUGACCUCGAUGUUCAGAAGGGAGGAAGGGUCAUGGAAGAGAAGAGGGAAAACAAGGAAAGACAAAAAGAGUGGGAAAAAGAAGACAAGAAAAAAAAGAGGUCUAUUAGUGACAAGCGUUAUGCAAGCAGAGCUCUUUAGCGACAGGAGUACGCAAGCUUACCUCUUGAAGCGUCUGUUAUGUGGCAGUGCCAGCAACCUCUCAUGUGUACACAGGAAGUAUGUGUGUGUGUGUGUGUGUGUGUGUGUGUGUGUGUGUGUGUGUGGCUGUGUGUGUGUGUGUGUGGCUGUGUGUGUGUGUGCAUGGCUGUGUGUGGGUAUUUCCACACACAGGAAGGGCUCAUUGAUGGUGCUGUCGAGUGGCAGAAAGAAAUGUCUGUUAUGUACACUUUUGGCUGGGUAUGGUAGCGCCAGAAGAGUGUGUGUGUGUGUGUGUGUCUCAGAAGAGUGUGUGUGUGUGUGUGUGUGUGUGUGUGUGUGUGUGUG